AUGGCACCUGAGAUCAACACCAAGUUCAGCUACGACGGAGGAAAGAAGAGAGCGUACGUGACGUUCCUCGCCGGGAACGGAGACUACGUGAAAGGAGUGGUUGGUCUUGCCAAAGGCCUAAGGAAAGCUAAGAGCAUGUACCCAUUAGUGGUUGCUUGUUUACCGGACGUGCCGAUGGAUCACCGGAGGCAGCUGUUGGAGCAAGACUGCAUCGUGAAGGAGAUCCAGCCGGUUUGCCCGCCGGAGAACCAAACUCAGUUCGCCAUGGCUUACUACGUCCUCAACUACUCCAAGCUCCGUAUCUGGAAGUUGGUAGAGUACAGCAAGAUGAUAUACUUAGAUGGGGACAUACAAGUGUUUGAGAACAUAGAUCAUUUGUUCGAUCUUCCCGACGGCAACUUCUACGCCGUUAAAGACUGUUUCUGCGAGAAGACAUGGAGUCACACUCCUCAGUACAAGAUUGGCUACUGCCAGCAAUGCCCGGACAAGGUGACAUGGCCCGAGCCGAAGCUUGGUCCCAAGCCACCGUUGUACUUCAACGCAGGGAUGUUCGUCUACGAGCCAAGCCUCGCCACUUAUUACAGCCUUUUGGAGACUCUCAAAGUUGUCUCUCCAACACCUUUUGCUGAACAGGAUUUCUUGAACAUGUACUUCAAAGAUAUAUACAAGCCGAUUCCACCAGUAUAUAAUCUUGUCUUGGCCAUGCUCUGGAGGCAUCCAGAGAACAUAGAGCUUAACAAAGCCAAGGUUGUCCAUUACUGUGCAGCUGGUUCCAAGCCUUGGAGGUUCACAGGCCAAGAAGAGAACAUGCAGAGAGAAGACAUCAAGAUGCUUGUAGAGAAGUGGAGGGACAUUUACAACGACGAGUAUCUUGACUACAAGAACGUUAAUGUGCGUUACGGACAAGAAGAAGAAGAGGUUCACAGCAAACAGGAAACCACCCUUCCACAGUUCUAUACAGAUUUGUCUAAAGCUGGUGUGCUUCAUUGCCCCAAAGCUCCAUCCGCGGCCUAA